UUUUUGGGAGCUUUUUUUUUUAAAAAAAAUAUAUAUUUCUCUGUUCUUACAUAUACAAUAAAUAAUGUCUGGAUACGAUCGUGCUUUAACAGUUUUUUCACCUGAUGGACAUUUAUUCCAAGUCGAGUAUGCCUCUGAAGCUGUCAGAAAGGGUACUUGUGCUGUUGGUGUUCGUGGAAAGAAUGUGGUUGUUCUCGGUGUUGAAAAGAAGUCUGUUUUAAAGUUGCAAGACGCUAGAACUGUUCGCAAGAUUUGCAUGCUUGAUGACCAUAUUUGCAUGGCGUUUGCUGGUUUAACUGCUGAUGCUCGUGUUUUAAUUAAUAAGGCUAGAACCGAAUGUCAAAGUCAUCGUUUGACUGUUGAAGAUCCUGCAUCUGUUGAAUAUAUUACGCGCCAUAUUGCUCAAAUUCAACAAAAAUAUACCCAAAGUGGUGGUGUCCGUCCUUUUGGUAUUUCUACAUUAAUUGUGGGUUUUGAUAACAAGGAGCCCAAAUUAUACAUGACUGAGCCAUCUGGUAUCUAUACUGCUUGGAAGGCUAAUUCUAUCGGUAGAAGCUCCAAGACUGUACGUGAAUUUUUGGAAAAGAAUUACAAUGAAGAAAUGAAUGAGAACGAGACCAUCAAGUUGGCCAUCAAAUCUUUAUUGGAGGUUGUCCAAACAGGAGCCAAAAAUAUUGAGAUUGCCGUUAUGACAGCAGAUAGUACCGUCAAGCGUUUAGAACAGGAAGAGGUUGAAAGUGUUGUUGCCGAGAUUGAAAAGGAAAAGGAGGCAGAGGCUGAAAAGAAGAAGAAGCCAUCUGUAGCAUCAGGAAGUAGUUAAAUAAGCAAUUCUUGUCAAUUUUUGUUCCUGUCAACAAUGAAUAAAAAAAAAAAGAAGGAAAAAAAAAAAAAUAGGUGCAAAAAAAUAAAUGUAAUACUUUCGUAAGGCUGCCCUGAGGGGACGUU